AGAGGCCUGAUAUCAGAAGUCAAAGAAAACUCAAAAGUCAAUUAAAAGAUCAGUUUACCAGUGUGUCUGAAGGGAUUGAUGGACAGAAGACCUCAGCUCUUCUCAACGAGGUUUUCACUGACCUCUACAUCACAGAAGGAGAAAAUGCUCAAAAUGAAGCCAUGCAGGUUCAGGAUGCAAAGUUCAAAACAACAAAUGAAGAAGAAACAUCUAUUAAAUACUGUGACAUCUUCAGACCUGCAAAUAGUAAUCAAAACAUUAAGACUGUCCUUACCGUUGGAGUGGCAGGAGUAGGAAAAACAUUUGCCUCAAUGAAGUACAUACUUGACUGGGCAGAGAGCAAAGCAACAGAAAACAUACAUUUUAUUUUUCCACUUCCUUUCCGAGAGCUAAAUCUGAGAAUAGAUAAAGAACACAGUUUAGAAGAUCUGAUUCAUCAGUUCUUCCCAGCAAUGAGGACAUCUGAAAUAACUGACUAUGACAAGUACAAUAUUCUGAUUGUUCUGGAUGGUUUUGAUGAAUGUCGUCUUGCUCUUGAGUUCAGUGACACAAAUAAAUGUAGUGAUGUCACAAAACCAACCUCAAUAAAUGUUCUGCUGUCAAAUCUCAUCCUGGGAAAUUUGCUCCCUAAAGCUCAAAUCUGGAUCACCUCUCGACCUGCAGCAUCCAACAACAUUCCUCUAGAAAAGGUUGAUCGAAUGACAGAAGUGAGAGGAUUUAAUGAUGAGCAAAAGGAAAAGUAUUUCAUGAAGCGAUUCAGUGAUGAGAAGGUGGCUGAAAAAAUCUGGUCAUAUGUGAAGAAAUCAAGAUGUCUUUACAUGAUGUGUCGCAUUCCUGUUUUCUGUUGGAUCACAUCAAAGGUUUUGGAGGACUUUAUUAAAAGACACCAAGAUAAGGAACUGCCAAAAACUCUGACUGACAUGUACACACGUUUCCUUUUGCUCCAGCGCAGACAGACAAAAGUAAAACAUAAUACAGAUCAGUCAACAUCUGAAACAAUCCUAUCUUUGGGAAAACUUGCUUUCAAAGGACUAGAGGAGAAGAACCUUCUCUUCACUGAAGAAGACUUGACCAGUUGUGGGACUGAUGUAACCAAAGCUGCUGUUUUCUCUGGGUUGUUAACUCAGAUCAAACGAGAAAAUCAUGAUCUAUACAAGCAGAAGCUGUUUUGCUUUGUCCAUCAAAGCAUUCAAGAGUUCAUGGCAGCUCUCCAUGUCUGCUACUCUUUUACUAACAAAGGGGAAAAUGUGUUCACAGAAUCCACCUCAGCAACCUCUGGCCUUACUGCCUCAGAGUUUUAUAAGAAAGCAGUGGACAAGGCUUUUGAGGAUGAACAUGGGGACUGGGACAUGUUCCUUCGGUUCCUAGUGGGUCUCUCUCUGGAAUCUAAUCAGGAUCUACUUCAGGAUCUGAUGAAUAAGAAUGAAAAACACAAAGAUGCUAGUAAGGAAGCUGUAGAGUACAUCAAGAAGAAGAUCAGAGAGAACAACAAUGACCCAGAUAAAAACCUUAAUCUUUUCUACUGUCUUAAUGAGCUGAAUGACGACACCCUUGUUCAAGAAAUCAAAAAGUAUCUUAAUUCAGAAGAAAAACCUUUUGAAACUUUCACUGCUUCUCAGUGGUCAGCUUUAACCUUUGUGAUGCUGAACUCAGAUGAAAACCUUGAAGUGUUUGAUCUUAAGAAAUACCUGAAAUCAGAGCAAGUUCUUCUGGGAAUGAUGCCAGUGGUCAAAGUCUCAAACACCACUUUACUGAGUUGGUGUGAGCUCUCUGAAGAAUCUUGCAAUGGUCUCACAUUAUCAGUGCUAACCAAACCAUCCUCAAAUCUCACUGUGUUGGACCUGAGUCAUAAUGAUUUGAUGGAUGCUGGAGUGAUGCGACUUGCUGAUGGGUUGAAACAUGUGAACUGUAAACUUGAGACUCUCAAGUUGGCAGGAUGUCAGGUGACAGAGGACGGCUGCAUUUCUCUGGCUGAAGCUAUUAAGUCCAAUAGACUCUCAUCUCUUAAACACUUGGACCUGAGUUACAAUCACCCUGGAAACAAAGGGAUGAGGGCUCUCAAUGCAAUAGUUGAGGAUCCAAACAAGAAACUUGAGACAGUGAACUUUGACUGUGAAGGAAAAAUUCGACUAAAACCUGGUUGGAGUAAAUAUGGAGCAGAUCUUAUGUUUGAUGAGACCACAGCAAGCAGACGGCUUGUUCUGGUUGAAAACAACAAAAAAGCGAUGACUCAUAACGAUGUCAAGAAGCUGGAAACGCGAAAUACAAGUGACAAAAGGUUCAAGAGGACCCAGGUAUUUUGUGAUGAAGGCCUGCAACGACUUUGUUACUGGGAAGUGGAAUGGAAAGGUGUGGUGGGAAUUGCUGUGGCAUAUAAAGAUCUGGGUCGAGGCCAGGGUAGUGAUAGUGGUCUGGGAACCAAUGACAAGUCCUGGAGUCUGCUCUGCUCCAAGACUGGAUACAAAGCCAUGCAUAAAAAUACAGAAGUAGAAAUCAAAGUCCCUCCUUGCAACAAAAUAGGUGUGCUUCUUGACUGGGAAGGAGGAACUAUAAGUUACUACAGUAUAUCAUCAGAGAAGCGGAGCUUGAUUCAUACGUUCAAAGCAAAAUUCACAGCAGAGCUUUUUCCAGCCUUCUGGUUUGAGAAAGGUUCUGUGACUUUGUGUGACCUGUAGAUUUAUGAGAGCACAAGUUAGAAAGACUGGAAGCACUUAGAGCAGUGUGAAGAAGUGUUUGCCCCCUUCCUGAUUUAAUUUUUUUGUAUAUUUGUUACACUUCAGUGUUUCUCUGCAUGUUGGCAUGAUAUCUAGCUUUUAAUUAUCUUUUGGUUUACUUCACUUUGCAUAAAGAUUCUGUUCAAGUGAUGUCUUGUUUGGGAGUAGGUGUGGCAUUAAACAGUCUCAGGUGUGACAAGAGACAGUGAAUUCAGGUGUGAUGGACCACAGGUGUGGGAGGCAAUCACUUUCACUAGGGCCAUGUAGGUUUUUACUUUUGUGCAUUUUGUGUUUACUUGUGUUAUCUAUGACUAAUAAGUAAAUUGUUUUUAUGUUCUGAAACACUGAAGUGUGACAAAUUAUGUAAAAAAAAUUAAAUCAGGAAAGGGGCAAGGGUGGGUGGAAAGAGUCCCAGAACUUAGUGGACAGAAGAAAGUACUGUUGUUCUAUUUAAAAUAAUGAAUAUUUUAAUACUACAUUCAGUGUUUAGGCUGUUUAGGUUCACAGGCAUGAAAGUACCUGACCAGAAAGUCUGAAUUUAUUAAUGUCGACAUUGAUGGACAUGCGGAUUGCCAAAGAACUACAAUAUAUGUCAAGUAGCUUGAACAUAUAAUUAUUGUGCACCAUUCAAUUAAUACGAUUUAACAUUACUGUAAUCUAUGCCACAGUUUCCGAUUGUUUGUUACUCCAAUCUAUCAAAAUUACAUUGCUUGUCAAAAACAAAUCUAAUGACUCGAACAAAGAGAA